GUCUUCUUGAUGCUGGACUUAUGAAAGCGCUAGACUCCAGCGACUAAAUUGCGAUUGGAGUCUUUCGCAACAACCCCUGAAUUACACUUCGAAGGACACGCCCUGAAGUGAAAGCCCCACUCGCGUCAAUCCAAGCCGUACUUCUCAACUCAUAUCGUCAUUGCAACCUGGAAGCGACUCCCGUCUUUCGCUCAUCGAGCCAUCUUGCGGGCAAGCGGUACUGCACAACUCAACUUGGAGCGGAAUUGCUCUCCUUUGCCCGGCUGGCGCCAUGUCCGGCACAAAGGCCUUGCUCAAGGCCGUCAACGAGGCUAUCAAGCUGCAGAAAUGGGACGAGGCCAUUGAGGCGGCAGAGGAUGUAUUCCAGAAAGACCCCAAGAAUUAUCAUGCACACAUCUUCCUCGCUUUUGCCCUGGACAAGAAGAACCAGGUUGACGAGGCGGAGAGCACAUACCUAGCAGCAACCAGGCUCAAGCCCGCCGAUCCCCAGGCAUGGCAAGGCCUCAUUAAGCUGUACCAGCGGCAACGGGGCAGAAAGCUGAAACAGUAUCAGCAUGCUGCCCUCAAGCUCGCCGAGAUUUUCCGGGACGCCAACGAGAUGUACAAGUGCCAGGACGUCGUCGACAAGUUCAUCGACCACGCCCGGACCCAAGGCGACCGCGCCCAGUAUGUGGAUGCGCUGGACCUGAUCCUGCCCGAAAGCCCCAUCUACCCAGCCCUUGAAGGUCGCGUUCCCCAUCCGGCCAAGACGUACGAGAUCCAGGCCCAGAUCGUCGAGACUGACGAGAAGAAGCGGAUAAACACAUUGAUCGGCGAACGUCGCACUCGGAUAGGCGCCCGCGUCAGCGAGGUGACCGUCGAGGUCAAACGCGAGGUCUACAGCCAGAGCAGGCUGGGCUACAUCUAUGGCCAGCUCAUCAACUGGGUCACUGACGACGAUGUGCGCCGGACCUACGAGGAGAAGCUCCUGCAGUACUGCUACGAGCGCCUCGUCGCCUGGCCCCCGGGCGAGCAGAAGGAACGGGAGGCCGCCAAUGUACGGAAGCUGGCGAACGAUAUGGUCAUCAUCAGGCACCCGUUCAAAUUCGCCUGGGACCUUGCUAUCAACUGGCAGGAUCACAAGGAUAUCAAAGACUGGGAUGUUACAGUACUCCGCCAGUACUGCAGCUUCUUCCCAGACAGCGAUCUCAAUCGGGUCAUCAUGGCCUUUCUCACGAGCGACAUCUCGCCCUUUCCGAAAGAACCCACCCACCAACCUGCUGCGGCCGCCAGCGCCGAGAGUGAGGACGAGAGCGAGGAUGACGAAGCCGGAGGCGCGCCCACAACCUAUGUUCCGCUGACCGAGGAGGACCGGCUACUGAUGAUUAUGGAAGGCGUCAGCAGCGCCGACUCGCUGUUGGCGCUCAGGCUGGCGGGCGAAUACUACCAGCACGUUGAGGAGCACGAAAGCAAGGUCGAGCUCAUGCGCAAAGCAUUCGACUACCUGAAACUGGAGCGCUCUAGGACAGGGCUGUCAUUUCAGAACACCGAAGAUGCCUUUUCUCUUUAUCUUGCAACGUCGCUGGUCUACUACCAGUCACCGCGGCAUCACCAGGAAGCCAAGAGCCUGUUCGACGGCGUGCUGGCGCACGAUCCCUCCUCGACGACCGCCUUGAUUGGCGUGGGACUGAUCUACGAAGAGGAGGAAGAGUACAGCGAGGCCAUCGACUUCCUGGAGCGGGCCCUGCAGCGAGAUCCAGAUAACCUCCGCGUUAGAACUGAGGCUGCUUGGGUCAAGGCUCUAAGGGGGAACUUUGAGGCGGCCCGAAAUGAGUUGCAGAGCUGUCUCCCGCUUCUGACCAAGAAAGGGCAGGUCAACAAGGAGCUCCUUGCACAAACUCAAUACCGUGUUGGCUACUGCAUCUGGAACCUGGACACGUCGAAGGCGGCCAGGAAGAGCCGGAGCGGAGCAUAUUCUUGCUUCCUUGAGGCGCUUAAGAGUAACCUCAACUACGCGCCCGCUUACACCAGUCUUGGCAAGUACUACGCCGACUACGCCAAAGACAAGAAAAGGGCGCGCCGGUGCUUCCAAAAGGCAGUAGAGCUCUCGCCAUCUGAAGUCGAGUCGGCGGAGAGACUAGCCCGGUCCUUCGCCGACGACGGCGACUGGGACCGUGUCGAGCUCGUCGCCCAGAGGGUGGUCGACUCGGGUAAGGUUAAGCCGCCGCCCGGCUCGAAGCGGAAAGGUAUCAGCUGGCCGUUCGCGGCCCUCGGCGUGGCAGAGCUCAACAAACAGGACUACCGCAAGGCGAUUGUCUCGUUUCAGGCAGCCCUGAGGAUUUCACCCGAUGACUACCACUCGUGGGUCGGGCUCGGCGAGAGUUACCACGGCUCUGGCCGGUAUAUUGCUGCCACGAAAGCAAUUUUGAACGCCCAAAAAUUGGAAUCGUCUGCAGAUGCCAAUGUACCUGGGGAAACGUGGUUUUCUAAGUUUAUUCUUGCCGACAUCAAGCGCGAGUUGGGCGAGUUUGACGAGUCUAUCUCCCUUUACCGCGAAGUUGUCGCCAGCCGCCCAGAUGAAGCUGGUGUGGCGAUCGCCUUGAUGCAGGCUACGGUGGACAGUGCAUUGGAUAGUCUUGAUAAGGGCUUCUUUGGCAAGUCGGUCGACCUCGCCGUCGAGACAAUAAAGUUCGCGGUGCAAGCCCCCGCAGCCAUCAAGGAGACGUUCAACUUCUGGAAAGCCGUUGCCGACGCCUGCUCGUUGUUCUCAAGCGUCCAGGGUCGGCUGGCGGAGUUCCCAGCGGACCUGGUCCAGGAACUCCUCGGUGAUCCUAGCGGUUCAGAGGAGAUCAUGGAUAGGGAUGGAGUUGGCGUUCGCACCAACGGCGCCAACUCUGCCGAGGGCAAGAUCGGGGCCGAGUUGGCCAGGGUCCUACACGCCACAAUCCUCGCGCACAAGCGGGCGAUCCAGCUGUCGGCGAACGACCUGCACGCGCAGGCGGUCGCUUACUACAACCUCGGCUGGGCAGAGCACCGCGCCCACAUGUGCUUGCCAAUGAAGUUGAGGAAGAAGGCCACCAAGUACCUGAAGGCCUCCAUCGCGUGCUUCAAGCGGGCGAUCGAGUUCGAAGCAGGCAACGCCGAAUUCUGGAACGCUCUUGGAGUGGUUACCAGCACCGUCAACCCCUCCGUCUCGCAGCACUCGUUCGUUCGAAGCCUGCACCUGAACGAGGCCAGCGCACAUACCUGGACGAACCUGGGAACUCUGGCCCUGCUCCAGGGUGAUAUUCAAUUCGCGAACGACGCAUUUACGAAAGCGCAGUCGGCCGAUCCUGACUACGCGCACGCCUGGCUCGGACAGGGCCUCGUGGCGCUGCUGCUAGGCGACAGAAAGGAAGCCCGUAGUCUGUUCACGCAUGCCAUGGACAUCUCGGAGAGUUCCUCCCUGGCAAGCCGACGCCACUUUGCCGUCUCCAUGUUCGACUACAUCAUUGAAUCUCCCUCCGACGUGCCCGUAACCCACUUGAUCCAGCCCAUCCUCGCCCUCAGCCAUCUCCAGAGUCUCAACCCGCAGGAGCUCGCCUACGGCCAUCUAGCCGCCCUCUUCCAAGAGCGAACCCACGAACACACCCGCGCGGUCGCCACACUCGAAAGGAUCUGCGCCGCCGUCGAGGCAGAUUACGAAGUGACCGAGUCGCCAGACUCGCUCACGCGGUUCGCCAUCGCCAAAGCCGACCUGGCGCGCGCCCACCUCGCGGCAGGCUCGUUCCGCGACGCCAUCGAGGCCGCCGAGCUGGCCAUUCAGCUGAGCAGCAGCAGCAGCGGCGAUGACGACGACGAUCAGUCAGAAGGCAAGGAAAGCGAGAGCGAGCUCACGGCCGAGGAGCGCCGGCGCGUCCGCCUCGGCGCGCAUGUCACGCUCGGCCUGGCGCGGUAUUACCUGCGCGAGGUCGACGACGCGGUCGCGUGCUUUGAGGAUGCGCUCCGCGAGUCUCACGCCGAGGCAAACCCGGACGUGGCGUGCGUGCUGGCGCAGGUGCUCUGGGCGACGGGCCGGGAGGAGGCCAGGGAACGGGCGCGGGAGGUGUUGUGGGGUGUCAUUGAGACGGCACCGCACCAUGUGCAGGCCGUGUUGUUGCUGGGCGCCGUGGCGCUGCUGGAUGAAGACGAGGAGGGCCUGGAGGCGGUUGUCGCCGAGUUGCAGAGCUUGAGGGCUAGUGACGAGGGGGUGACAGCUGAGGACCAGAGGAAGUUGGGCGAGGUGUUGAGAGCCGUUGCGGCGUUUGGGAAGGGAGGGGAUGUCGAGGAGGCCAAGGCGAAUCAGGCUAGGGCUGAUGUCAUGUUUCAUCCGCACUUGCCGCAUGGGUGGGCGGAGUUGGCUGGGAUGGGAGGAGAGGAAGGGAAGAGUGCGGCUGGAAUGGCGUUGAGGGUUGCGGUCAAGGGGGUGGCGCCCAGGGGGGAUCUUGGGGCAGAGGAUCUGGCGACUGCGUAUGCCGGGACGGGACGCGCUAUGGACGCGCAGACGGCGGUUAUGGUUGCGCCGUGGGAGAAGGCGGGGUGGCAGGCGCUGGGUGAGCUUGUUAAUGGGUGAGCUUGUUAAUGGGUGAGCUUCAUGUUGUUCUGUCACAGGGUGGAUAUAGUUAUGCACAUCGAUGAUGGAUUGAAAUGGAAUGCGAGAUGGGUAUCAUAACAUGAAAUCAC